AUGACUUUGAGGAAUGAUGCUAAAAGUAAAAACGCAAAAACUAGUGUGAACAAUUCUGGGGUUCACAACAGCAGCGGUGGUCCUACCAGUCACGCAGCUGUUCUGGACAGUAAUCCGUCGGGAAGCAGAAGCAGCGCAACGGAGUCGAGAGAGGAGAGGCGGAACAGAAGAAGCAGAAACGCACAGAUUAGCGUUAUCGCCAGCAGCGAAGUCGAUGCUGUGGGGGAUCAACAAAAGGGUAAAGAUGACGGCGAAGAGGUUGAUAGAGAAGCGGUUGACCACGAAGCGGUUGCCAACGAAGUGGUAGAUAACGAAGUGCAGGCGAGUACCACCGCGCAUGUUAACGAAAGUGCUAGUGGUACACACAUUGGGGAUGACAACGCAGAUGUGAAAUGCACCGUGGAAUCGAGCACAUGCCAAAUAGGCAACGAAAAGUAUGAUGUAGGUGGGGAUGGAAAGGACGAGAAGGAAGAGCAACAUAGUGUUAUUCCCCCCCAGGGUGAAGAUAGUAGCAUCCCAAAGGAGGAAAAAACAAAUCCUAUGAAAGAUCAGAAUGGAGAAGAAGAACACGACAAUCCAGUCGCACAAGAAGAAGUGGCAGCUAUUCCCCUUAAGAGGUCCAGGAGGAGACCCAUAAGGAACUACAAAUAUGACAUCUUUUUUCAAGAAGAAAAUGUUAGGAGCGUGGCAGCAUAUAGCAACACGGAGGGAUCUAACAGGAAAAAGAAAAAAGUGGACGUACAGAAAAGCCUAGCGGAUAAUACGUCCGAACCGAAUUGUGAAGAGAAAAAAAGUAGCAUCCUCUCCAAUGAGGAAGAUAAAGGAGCGACUAACGUAGAUGUGAGCAGUUCCAGAAAUGAAGACGCUUUGGUGGAACAUACUGAUGAGCCUGUCAAUGUAAACCCCCCCCCCUGUUUGACAAAAAAUGAAGAAGUUGCUCAAAAACCGGAGCACUGCUACUGCAACGUUCUGGGCAAUGACGUUUUAGCGGAAGCGGCAGAGAGUGCUGCUCACAGUGUGUGUAUUCCUCCCGUUAGCAACCCCACCGCGGAUGAUAAUGCCAAAGAAGGAAGUGCCACCGAAGCUGCGGUAAAGAGCGGUGAUAACAACGGUGAUGAUUUAUCUGUGGCUAAUCAACCCAUGUGGAAUGAUCCAGAGAGAGAGGAAAAUGUAAAGGUGGAGGAAGAGCAAAACGCAGUGGAGGUUCUUCAAGAGGGUAGAACAGUUGACCUGGACAGCUCUAUACGUGGGUUUGAGAAGGGAAGGUCACACAGAGGUAGGGGCAAAGGGAAAGCGGGACGGGGGAGAGGCAGAGGAAGAGAUAAAUUGAUGAGCAAAAAAAUGGAGUACAUUGAACAGCAACCGUUUAGCAUUAACAAUAGUGACCUCAUAUUGAGUGAGGAGAAGAAGAUUUUUCCUAACGUAACUGAUGAAGGUGGUAUGGUGGCCACCCUCCCCGUUAGUGAAGAUGCUCACCAGAUAGUUGUAGCCCCCCCCGUUGAAAAGAAAAAAAGAGGAAGAAAGAAGAAAAUACAAAACAGUAUUGCUCAAGAGAGUGCCCUCGAUGUAAGCUUGAAUGAAAAUGCGAGGGAACACAAAAGCGCAGUGAAACCUAUCCUUCAUGAUAGUAGCAGACGAAGGAGAAGUGACGUUUCUUUCGACAUGAGUAACGCACCAGGUGAUGCAGAUACGUUCAAUUUGGAUGCUUUUCCCCCAAGGGUGUCAUCCAUGUUGCAAGAGAGGCAUCUGCCCCAUUUGAGAGCCCCCAAAGUGGACAUAAACAGCAGCGGGGUUCAUAGAAGCUACACCCCUGCGAGGAGGAGAGUGAAGGACGAGAAGAAUAAAGAAUUCUUGUACAGCGGGAAUAGCCCUCUCGGGGUGGCCACCUCCGCUGGUGCGCGUCCUGGUCAUGUGGUCAAUCCGUCUAGCGGCAGUCAUCAUCAGUUUAGCCAGGCCGCCCACCUAGACUAUGCCUGUGGGCGAAAUGCAAAAAAAAGGAAAUGCUCCAAAAAGGGAAAACAUGGUAGAGGUAGGAAGAAGUCGAGAGGGCGUAAAUGCACAUCAGUUAACAUCUCCACCCACGCAGCAGGUAGUCACAAAAGUGGCGCUGCAAAUAUGUUUCUGGAAAGUGAGGAAGGGUUCAACGAUGGCUAUGGCCACAAUAGUAGUACCCACGGCGAUAAUGACAAUAAGAGACUCUUCCCAAAUGAGACGUUCCAAAUUAAGGAAGAAUUUAUGAAUAACGUAAAUAGCCUCAACACAGUAUUCAAUUUUAAUGAUGAGUUUUUAAAAUUUCUAAAAAAAAUUAGCCAACUGGAUGACAUUGAUUAUGAUGUGAUGUUGCCCUUCCUGGGGGAGGUACAAGGCAAGCUAGCCAAAGAUAUCAAGCAGCAAUUCUCCCCCCAAUCAUUAGACUCCCACAACGUAGAUGAAGCUGUAUACGCUAUGGGAUACAUAGUAGAUAUACUGAACAAUAAUAAUGAAAUUUUAAACAAACUGAAUCAGUUGGAAUAUAAGUUUUAUUAUGACUACCUUAGGAAGAGAUCCUGUAAGGAAGGAAACAAGCAAAAAAAUUAUGACCACAAAAUAGAAAACGAAAUUGCCCUAAAUAUUGCUCGCAUUCCAAGGGAUAUAAAUAAUGAAUGCUGUGCCAAAAUUCAAAGCAACGAUUUAGAUGAUGAUAACACUGUGAAUAAUGAGUCUAGUAAAAGCUUUAACGAAAUUGAUGAUGAGGAAGAGAGGAAACUCAAUGAACUUCUCUACUGCACGAAUAAAGAAAUGGAUGACACGUAUAAGAUUCCCAAUUGCGCCGAUAUGUAUUUUAUGAAUUACAACGAGGAAGAUGAUUUUUACCACAUGAAUGAGCGCAGCUUGAAUUUAAAAAAUGAUUACGCCACUAGUGUGCUGCCGAAUGCCAGUGUUGUGGGGGAGAAGCCUCACCAGGGGAGCUGCGAAGUGGUAGGCGAAAGGACCCUCCUCUGUCAUCCAACCAGUGGGGCCCAAUCACAAGUGACGCACUCCACUGGGGAGGAGAAGCAACAUGGGGGGGAUAAAGCAAAACAGGGAAGUGACGCGAACGGACAACCGCAUAACCCAGACACGUUUGCAAAAGACGAACCGGGAGAGGAUAGCAACAUGGAGGGGGGAAAGAUCGUAAGCGGCUGCAGUGGGGAAGUGCAAGGGGGGGAAGGACCCCCUGAGGUUGCGCCGAAGUAUACGGAAAAAAUGGACCACAAUGCGGAAAAUGAAAAAAUAGACAAAAAAAUAAACGAGCAGCAAAACGAAAAGAAUGUUAACAAGAACGACCCCCAGUUUAAGCAUCCCCACAAAAUGACCCAACAGAACAACGUCGAUUUUGUGUGCGAUGAGCUGAACAAGCUUAUAAAGCACACCCUGAAGAAUGAAGAUUUGUUCUAUUCGAAUUAUUCCCAGGGGAGGUAUAAAAAUGUAAACGAAGAAAGCUUGUUUAAGCAUUACAUUUCGACGAAACUGUAUAAGAGCACCAACCUGGUUGACAGGUAUAGGGAGGAGCAGAAGGAGAGGAGCUUUCCUAGCCACAGGGGGUUUAGAGGCAGGCCGCUGGGGGCCAAUGAAGGUGUCAGCAGAAAGGUCGACGAGCGGGAAAAAACGCUGAUGCAAAGUUAUGCCGAUUAUUUUAGGCGACUGAACGAUUUCUCCAGCAGGGGGCGCACCGGGGAAGGCGGCAAAGGAAGAAGUGGUGGAAGUGGUGGAAGUGGCACAUGUGGCAGAAGUGGCCCAUCACAACUGGGUCAUUCCACUGAUAACCAGUUAGAGGCUCACCCCGACGCUACUAGCGCAGUUUUACCGCAUACGGAUGAUAAUAUGGAAAAACAGUGUGCCGACCACGAGGAAAGGUCAUCACCAUCACCCUGUUGGGAUGCAAAAAAGGACCCGGUAGUGGGCCGCCCCAAAUGGGAAGAUAAUUUUAACCAGAAUGGUGGAGGUAAUGACCACUGGAAGGAAAGACACCUGAGCAACAACAGCAAUAACAUCAGCAUCGUGAGUAGCACCAUCGGGGAAAUUUCCUAUGGCGUUUCGGCUCUUUCGAGCGAGGAGACUACCCCUGUGAAGGAGAAGCUCCCGGAGGAGCCUGAUGAUAAUACGAAUAGCGUCAGCGCUAAUUUGCAAGGCAACGUUAAAACGGAGCCAAUGGACAGAGAAGAAAAGCCUCAGAGGGGGAACGACCACUCGGAAGAAAAACAACCGAACAACUGCUUAAAUAGUGAGGAACGGCUGCAUGAUGGGCCGAAGGGCGCAGAUCCGCAGAGAGGAGGUAUCCUCAAAGAGGAAGCUCAGAAGGACGAGCCUGAAAAAAAAACGUUCGGGUUUGCGAGCAUUAUUCCGUUUUUUAAGAAAAGCGUAAAGGAGAAUGAACCGGUUGGCAAUAAUAAUCCCGACGGUGCUGAGGGGGCUGACCACGCUAACCACGCUGACAAUGCGUGUGAUCAUGCCAAGCAGGGUGGUGACCGCUUAUUGAAGGAAACCGAGGCGGAGUUCGAGACCCAGCCCAGCGGCGGUGUUGGCGCUACUGAGAAAGGCCCAGCAGAUGGUAAACCCAAAAUUGACGGAGAGAAAGACAACGCUUCUAUCAGAACACACGAUGAGGAAACCAAAGUUUGUGCCCCCUUCGAAGGUAGCAGCAACUCUUUAGACAUUUCCAAUCGGAGCGAAAAAGACAAGGCGGGAAAAGCCACAACGGAUGUGUCGCUACGUCCCUGUGAUGGCGGCACUACAGAAUACAGAACCUCACCAAGAACGUGUGCCCACGCGUUAAGGCACAUGAAUGAAAUGCGCGAAAAGAACAUCGACACCCUCUUGAAGGAGACCUUCCAUUUAAAGGAUAACGAAUUUAUGAGCAUAAAGAGGGACAAAACGCAGAAGGAAAUUCUAAACUGCCUGAGAAUGGUUUCCCAAAUUAAGAAAAUAUUUUUCGACGAGUGCUCAAAAAUGAUUAAUGACCAGAUUUAUGUCCUCGAGAAAAAUUUUAGGAUUCCGGACUGCUCCUUGUCGAUACUGAAGAAUUCGUUUGGCUACAAUGACGGCAAGUGA